AUGAAGCUGUACCUCCUCGCCGCGGCGCUCGGCGCGACAGCCUGUGUGCCGUCGCUGGUCCUCGAAGGCGUAAGCGAAGAGCGCUCCAAUGCUCCUAACUCGCCCUUUACCCUCAGAGCCUCCUGUGCCGACCUGGGCAAUGAGCACGCCGUAUUCCUCCGUGGCAAUUCCGCCGCCGAACCCCAAUCAGUCAGGGGCAUUCUGCUGAACACGACCGUGUCGAGCGACGGCAUCGCCGUUCCCGGCCUCCGGCCCGGUCAACAGACCAUAACAGUUGUCGCCGCCGACGCCAGAGGCAACCCGAUCAUGCAAAACUUUAUGCUCCGUUUCGGUUCGGAUCGUUCCGCCCGGUCUGAGAUCUUCCAAGCCAAGUCGGCCGACCCGAGCCCCGCCGCGUGCAGUUGCGGCAGCUGUCAAGAUUGCCCCGGCAGACCGAUUUGCGAGCCAAACUGCCAGAUCCCCCCACAGUCAUGCGACUUUUACACCAGCUGCGCCGAGGAGACACUCCACUGCGGUUCGGACGGGUAUCCUGUCCGGUACGGGGCCAAGAACUGCGGUCGCUUCGUGCACAACCUCGGCGCCUUUUCGCCCUCGGGUCAAGCCUGGGUAUGGCGCGUCAUGACGUGCCUGCAGCGGGCUCUGGUCGAACCCGUCGGUCGCUGCGGGGCGACCUGCCAGGUCAUCGAAGAAGCCGCGUUCGCGUCGCAUCCGGUGUGCUAUGUCGACAGCGGUGUGUGCGACCUACCGCUCCAGGACUUGGUGGAGAUUGUCGUAACGGUCAACACUGAUCUUUUCGCUGGGCCGGCGCUGGAGCAGGUGUUCAAGACGGCGGGAGGAUGCGCGGCGCAUUAUGACCGCGAGCUUGGUGCGAGAAUCGCCGAGCUGGAGGAGGAGGCUCGCGAUCAACCCAUCCGCAAACCCGUCAUCUAUGCUGAGAUUGUCCUCCUUCGGGGCGUCAAAAGGUUUAUCGGCAGUUUUGCAGGUCCAUAG